AUGUCAUAUCGACGGUCUGGAAAUUCGCGACGGCAGCAGUCGGUCGACUUUCCUCGCUAUCCUCCCAUGUCACAGUCGCAGACACCACAAUCCAUGCCGGCACCGGCGCCUGCUCCUCCGGCUGCUCUUGUGCCUGUACCUCCUUCGCAGCCCGCUGGUCUGGUUUCAGACUACGAUUCCGACUAUCCAGGCUACCAAUCAGACUAUCCCACCCAGGCCCCUCCGCCGAAUCGCACCAACGAAGAGCUCAACCUCUCUGUCCUCCAACGGCACAAUCCUGAGAUAUCCCGGAUCUUGUCGAUAGCGCCCUACGCGGUCGUCUACGAGUUCUCCCCCUUGCCACAACCUGAAUGGACCAAAACAGGUGUAGAAGGCUCGCUCUUCAUUUGCGAGCUGGUGCCGGGGAUGUACGGCGAGGAUCGAUACUCUGCAAUUGUUCUGAACCGCAGGGGCUUGGAUAAUUUUGAAGCGGAACUGAGAGAAGGCGAAAACGCUGGGGUCGAGAUAACCGGAGAAUAUGUCAUAAUCAGCUUCAAAGAAGGCCACGAGCAAAAGAUCUACGGAGUGUACAUCUUUCACGAUGUCCCGGGUUCGUCAACGGAGCAUACGCAAAAGCGAAAUGGCGAACUGAUGAAAAAUCUUGCUGAUCAUGCUGGAGCGAGUCGACAGGCUGCCGAAGCCGCUACCGAAGCUGCAACCACGCAACACACCAAUGGUCACAUGCAGCAGGCAGAACAAACACUUGAAAACCGACAAGGCAAUGCUCUUGUACCAGGCCAACAAAUCAGCCUCCAGCAAUUAUUCGGGCAGCAAAGAGCUGCGGACUCCGCUUGGAGCGUGAGAGCACAUAAUCUUGACGGUGGAGGCCAACAUCCAAUUAGCCAGCAGCCCGAUACUUUGGGCGAUCUAUUCAGAAAAGCCGGCCUUGGAGCAAGAUGA